UGGGUUUCAAUUAGGAAAAAUGUUAAAACUAUCACGGCGGAUGGUCGUCGUGUCGGGAUUAAAAAAGCUCUGGUUUUUUACGCCGGAAAAGCUCCCAAAGGCACUAAAACAAACUGGAUUAUGCACGAGUAUCGCUUAAUCGAGCAUUCUCGUAGCCAUGGAAGCUCCAAGUUGGAUGAUUGGGUAUUGUGUCGAAUUUACAAGAAAACAUCUGGAUCUCAGAGACAAGCUGUUACUACCCCGGUUCAAGCUUGUCGUGAAGAGCAUAGCACGAAUGGGUCGUCAUCGUCUUCUUCGUCUCAGCUUGACGACGUUCUUGAUUCGUUCCCGGAGAUAAAAGAUCAGUCUUUUAAUCUUCCUCGGAUGAAUUCGCUCAUUUAUAAUGAAGUUAAAAAAAAAAUUAAAGAAAAAAUUAAAAACAUAUGAAAAGAGACGACGGGAGGCAUCGAACCCAGGUUCACUAGGGUAGUCGGAAAACGUUUAGCCACUUGACUAAGACGAUAUAUUCGUUAAAUUUUAAAAAGAGAUUGUAUAUAUAUACACGUUAACACCAUGGGUUAAGUAUUAACCGCGGUUAGUCAUUCCGUUAGUAGAGUUAACGACUGUUAACGCGGGUGUAUGAUUAUACCAAGUUUUAAAACACGACGAUUUUAAAAGGCAAUUGAAAUUAAACCAUGCAUUUUUAUUCCAACUUUAAUAACACGCGUAUUAAACGGCCAAAAAAAAAUAGAUGGCGGUUUUUUCGGGUUUUUUCCCUAAUUUCAAAUAACUUAACGAUUUUAAACUUUAUCCAACAUAUGAAUUAGUAAUUAACUAUUUGAGUUUAAAAUCGUUAAGUUAUUUGAAAAUGUUCUAAGUUCUUUAACCAAACAAAAAAAAAAAAGGGUUCUAACUUCUAAGUCCUCUCAUAUUAUGGGCCUGUGCUGCUUUCAAAAGCCCAUUAAGAAAUUUAAGUCCAUCUUCGUCACAUCCUGAUUCUUCCUUCUCUUUGACCGCUGGAUUUUGUCUCUCAGUCUACUUUAUCCGAUCGGUGCCGGCGAGAUUCAAGGUAAUCUUCUUCACUUACUUCUAUUGAACAGACUCGAAAAGACCCAUUCUUCGGAUUCAUUUGUUCCCAAUUCGCCUUUUUUUCCUGAUUCGAUCUCGAUUAUUCGUUCAAUCAUCGAUUCCAACUUUUUGUUUCGAUUUGUCCACUGUUGUAAUCGAGUCUGAGUUUUUGUAUAUUUAGUUGUUAAAGAAUUGGGUUUUUGAAAGGACAAAACUUUU